CUCCAACCAAACACCAACCUCCAUCGUCAAGCCAAAUCAACCCUCAUUCUUUUCUCUUCUUUUUUCUCUCGCCUCCUCACCAUAAUAAAUAAUAAUAAAAAUAAUAAUAAAAAAUAACCGCCCCAAACAUGGCCCAAUCAACCGCCCACCGGCGCCUCCUCCAAGAAUACCGCGCCCUCACAAACAACCCGCCCGAAGGCAUCACCGCCGGCCCUGUCUCGGAAGACGACCUCCUCCACUGGGAAUGUCUCAUCCAGGGCCCCGAAGGAACGCCCUUUGAGGGCGGCGUCUUCCCUGCCGAGCUGAAAUUCCCAAAGGACUACCCGCUGGCGCCGCCGUCGAUGAAGUUUUUGGCCGACAUGUGGCAUCCCAACGUCUACCCCAGCGGCCUCGUCUGCAUCUCCAUCCUCCACCCCCCUGGCGACGACCCCAACCACUACGAACACGCCUCCGAGCGCUGGUCCCCCAUCCAAUCCGUCGAGAAGAUCCUCAUCUCCGUCAUGAGCAUGCUGGCCGAGCCCAACGACGAGAGCCCCGCCAACGUCGAGGCCGCCAAGAUGUGGCGCGAGCGCCGGGACGAGUACGAGAAGACGGUCCGCGACGGCGUUAGGCGCAUGCUGGGUUUGUAAUAUUCUUUCUUCCCUGUACGAAGAGGGUUGAGGAGAGGGGAGAACAGGGGAAAAAGAUUGGCGAUUAUAAACAGCCGAUGUGAGAUGGGAUUUGGAGUUUACAGACUGGGGGGUGUUACAUCUUCUAAUUUUCUUGGUUAUAAACAUAUAUAUACGUUAGGUAUGAUAUAGGGCAUAGCAUGGCGUAUGGGCGAAGUAAAUCGAAAUAAAGAGCAAAUAUCUGAUAUCUGAACAAAC